UCUGCCAAUCUGCAAGAUCCAAACCAAAAUCCGGCCCCGAACCAAGCCAAGCCCAGUGCAACAAUGACGGAUGUAUCGCAUGAACUGGGAGCCCUGCGCUUCGUGGUGGACUCACCGCUGUCCUCCAAGGUAGCCAUGUUCAACAACCAGGCCACUCAGCACAAGCAGUCCCAGCUGCUGAAUCCCUUCUCCCAGGACGGACGCGCCUCCUCGCCGAAGCCCACCUUCUCGAAGGAUCAGUAUGGCAAGCCGCUGGCCGGCAGUCUCACCGAAAUGCGUGGCCAGAAGGCCAACAUUCACGUGAUGAAGGAGAUGCUGGAGCUCUGUCAGAUCAUCAAUUCGGAGGGCUACGACGUCAAGGACGAGCCCACCAUGAGGGUGAUCCCCUUUGGUGAGCUCUUCAAUAUCUACAACUACAUCUCCGACAAGGUGGUGGGCAUUCUUCUGCGUGCCCGCAAGCACAAACUGGUGGACUUUGAGGGCGAGAUGCUGUACCAGCGGAGGGACGAUGAUGUGCCCGUGUUCCUGCUGAAACCAAUCAAGGAAAUCCGCGCCGAGAUGGAUGCCAAGAUUGAAGACAUCAAGCGCGCAGCGAGUCCUGCUCCACCGCAGUCCACCUCGGUCCUGAUGGACCGCAGUGCUCAUGAGCAGAACCUGAAGGCCCUGCAGUCGAGGACGCCCUCUCCUGCCGUGGGCAAGUCCAAGGCCAAGUCGAAGACACCUUCGCCUUCGCCGGCAGCCAGAAAGGCUACAGAAGCGGCUCCAGCUGCCGCCGCAGCCCCUGCUGCUGCACCUGAAACUGUCUCCGCUCCAGCUGCAGCUACCGCACCUGCUGCAGUGGUUCCUGAAGCAGUUCCGGAGGCCGUAACCGCUCCAGCUCCUGUUGAAUCUAAGCCAGUUAGCGAUCCAGUGCCGGUUGUGGCUAUCACAGAAGCAACAGAAACUCCGGCAGCAACAGUCGCGCCUCCAGAAACCAGUCCCAAAGUCGAGGAAGUGGCUCCAGCUCCAGUCCCGACUCCCGCUUCCACAUCCGCCUCCGAGGACUUGCCAACGAUCGUGAUCGAGGCUUCCGCCGUAUUUGUGCGCACCGUCAGCGUGGAGCAGUUGGCCCCGAGCUCGUUGCCGGAGGGUGAGUCCCAGCCGGAAGUCACGCCGGUAGCUCCAGCCAAAGAGGAGGCAGCCUAGGAAUUAAAAGGAGAAGCCUGGGGUGCUGGAGGAUCGAUGGUUGAAAGGAACUCUCGCAACUAUAAAGCGGCAGCUUUAAAAUUGCAGUAGUUUAGUUUACGGCAUACUUAGAUUAAUUUUAAAAUUAGACAAAAAAACAAAAACCGAAGACAGGAAUCAAGAGCGAUUAUUUAUUAUACUUAUAAAAACUACACAAAUAUACAGAUAUUACGGAUAUGUCAUAGACGGACGACCAAAGAGAGAGUCGGUAAUUUGUAUACCUAAAAACAUAAACGUUCUAAGCUAAAAGUAUAAAUAAAUAAACUACACGUAGACACAGUA